AUGAGGCGGUGUCGCGAUACUGCCCGCAGCCGCCGGCCCGCCGAGCUGGCACCUUGCGUUUCCUUCAGCACUUUGCGCGAUGACCGACUCAACGGGAGGCUGUUUAUUGGCAGGAGCUUCGGUGCCAAGUGCUCCAAAUGCUGCCGCGGAAUUUCCUCCUCCGAUUGGGUGCGAAAGGCGCGAGAGCAAGUUUACCACCUCGCCUGCUUCGCUUGCGACGCGUGCGGUCGCCAGCUCUCCACCGGGGAGCAGUUUGCGCUACACGAGGACCGUGUACUCUGCAAACCACAUUAUCUGGAGACGCUCGACGGAGGUUCCAUUUCAUCCGACGACGGAUGCGACUCGGAGGGUUACCACAAAAGCAAGGCAAAGAGGGUUCGAACAACGUUCACUGAAGAACAAUUGCAAGUACUCCAAGCAAACUUCCAGCUGGACUCGAACCCGGACGGUCAGGAUUUGGAGAGGAUUGCCCAGGUCACGGGGCUAAGCAAGAGAGUGACACAGGUGUGGUUCCAGAACAGCCGCGCCAGGCAGAAGAAGCACCAGCACACUGGCAAGGGAAAGCAAAACCAACUGAUGACACGUGACACUGAUCCGGCGGGGUUUGGGCGGCCCAUCAACCUACACCUCACCUAUUCUUUCCAGAACAAGCCGCCUUUUGUCCCAAUAGACGGAACAUCUUUCACGGACUCUUCAAUGGAUGAGCUCUCCGAGGACUCGUCGAUCCACUGCAUGCAGAGUGAAGUU